UCAAUAACUGGACAAAUGUGAUCUACAAAAUGUUGUAGGUGUGUAAUGGCGUGACGUGAGGCCCUGAGUGCUCCACCUCAGACUCCACCUCCUCCACACCGGCUGCUGCUCCACCCACUGGCUGUGUUCAAAAAGCUGAGUUGUGGAAGAAGAUUGAUUCAUCAUCCCCUCAAUACUAAAGAUCUUGAAAUAAGCCAUGGCAUCUGGAGUAACUGUUGCAGAUGGUAUUCAGAAAGCCUACUCUGAUAUCAAAACUGGAAAAAAGUAUAGAUAUAUGAUAUUCUAUAUCAAAGAUGAGAAAGAAAUUGAUAUAGAGAAAUUUGGUGAGAGGGAUGAAACUUAUGAUGAUUUCCUGAAUUGUCUUAGCAGCUUGGGACCAGACAAGUGUCGCUAUGGUUUGUAUGAUUUUGAGUAUGAGCGGUCCUUCCAAGGAACAUCUGAAUCAAAGAUGAACAAACUUAUUCUUAUGUCUUGGUGCCCUGAUACUGCCAAAAUUAAGACCAAGAUGCUCUAUUCCACUAGCUUCAAUGCUCUCAAGCAGGCACUGGAAGGCAUACAGAAGUACAUACAAGCAACUGACAUGUCUGAAGCAUCAUAUGAAAGUGUCUUAGAGAAGUGCACUGCUUCAGACCGUGCUUGAGUCCACCAUUAGAGAGAAUUUUUGUAUCACCAUCCAAAGCACUAAAGAUCUAGCUCAAUGAGGCCUCUUAAGUGCCUCAACUGCACAACCUGCUAAUUUGUCAUUUUGCAGGGAUCUUAUUUUAUAAUUGAAAAAAACAAAACAAAGUUGUUUACCAGAUUCUUUUUCACCAAAUGGAGCUCCUCACUAGUAAUGCCAUCAUAUUUAGUGUUGAUAAUCUAUUAUUCAUUUAACCCCUUGGGUAUAUGUCACUUUCAAUAUACCCAGGGUAUUGUAAAGAUAAUCCAGUAUAUUCAGAAUAAUGCAAAAAUUAUUCAUACACUAAAGAUUUCUGCAUAAAAUAUCCAGUGUAAAUUUGUAGCUUUAUUUGGAAGGUUAGGUGAUAAAACAUGGUUAUGCACUGUACAUCUGCCAUAGCUUACAUUAUUGGCAGCUUGACAUUCCAUCAGUGUUGCUGUUCUCAACAUUGAACACCUUUUACAUUUCAUUGUAAGCAUUCCACAUGCAAUUACAUGUGUAUCUUAAGGUGUAGGUGCUUUUUUUUUUUUUUUUUUUUUUUUUUUUUUUUUUUUUUUCUUCAUUGUGUUGAUCCUGUACUUUAUUGAAGUAUAUCAUAAAUUUAUCCAUUGUGUGUAAUUAAUUUCAGAUUACAUAAAAUUAUUUAAACUAUUGAAGGACUUCACUUACUUUAUUCAACUGUAAUGUGUGUACUGCUUUAUGUUUCCAUAUGAGAUACUCAGUCUGAUAUUUUCUUGUUGUGAAAUAUAUCACUGUGAGGAAUCUUAAUAAUGCAUAUGUUGAUUUUGCUUGUGCAUAUUAUUUUAUAAGAAUGCAUUAAUACAUCUUCCACAUCAGUGUAAGAGCAAUUAUAGUAAAUAAAAUGUUGUAUGUU